AUGGACCACGACUACUACCCAGAGCUCGCGUGGGGCGGAAGAAGAGGAGGAGGAGGGCUCAUGGAGGCACACGAUCUCCUCAGGAAGGCGGGAUGUCAUCCAGCAGCGCUCGAAAACAUGGAGCCAAAUCCGGACGACGACGACGACUUCUUGGAUUCUGGCACUGAAGACGACAUUGACGCCGAGUUCGAGUAUUACGACCCGGGAAACACUCUCUAUCUGGAACCCUAUGAUCCAUGCGAACCCUAUGGUGUCGAGGCCUAUCCGUGGCCUAACAACAACGACAUUGAGCCCGCCAUCGUUACCAAAAACAUGUGUUACGCCCAGGAAGAAGGCUCGUUGACUCGAGAGGUCUACGAUUGGAAACCGACCAGGAAGAUCGCAACGACCCCACGCGGUGAGCCCACGAAGCUCGUCGUCAAAAUCCAAGAUAUGCUCGCGGGUGGCGAGACACCUGGUCCCCAGGUGCUCGUUUGCAAGGUAGAGGAACCCUCAGAGGGCUUUCCAGAGUGCGUUGUUGUGAAGAUCUGCGACCCCCUGGGCUACAACGUCGACACCAACAAUGACGGAACACCCUGGAGAGAGACUUCAAGGGCCGACAUACAUGUCUGCUGCGAAGCCGCUACACUUGACUUUCUCGAGAAAAGCCCUCUCCUUGGCGACAAGCGCCUUGCCCCCAAGUAUUACGGCGCCUUCAUCCUCAAUGUGCCUAAGAUCAACCCAACCGUUGGAGAAGGCGGGCAUCGUGAGGUUCCCGUUCUCGUCAUGGAGCACAUCCAGGGCAUAAGUAUGUCAGCAAUGUGUGCCGUCGAUGAUGCCGGGGUCUUACGGCCGCCCACAUCCCCAGCCAGAUGGUACAGCAAUGGCACGCACACGCUGCAGAUGGAUGAAGAGUCGCGUUUGGAGAUGCUGAAGAUUUUUCUUGACGGCUACGUCCAACAGCUAUUUGCAGGCGUUGAGCAACGCCGCAUUGAGCCUGAGCAUAUACUUAUUGAGCCAACAGAAAAGAAGUACCAGCCCCGAGUCGCGCUCAUCCAUUACCGAGACUCGCUGAUCGACUCGAAGCACAAGAAGCCGCUCAAGAUGUACGAAGACUAUGAGCACCCGCCCCAUCCUUUCACCAGGUUCAGCUGUCAGAAGCUGCGCACUUUGACUGGUUGGUUCCCGAUGAAAUGGAAGGAUAUUGAUAUGGAUAUAUGGCUCAUCGAAUCCUUCAAUGAUGAUAAAUGGGGCCCGUAUCAGCCGAGUAAAAUGAUACCCGAUGGUGUCAUCCUCGAGGAGAUGGAGAAGAGGGGGAAGAUCGUGAAGAUGAAGGCAGUAAGGCUGGGUGAAGAAGAGUCAAAGUGA